AUGGCUUUCUGCAACAAACUUAGUGGUUUUUUGAGACAAGGAGUUUCUCAGAGCUCAAAUGUUCCGGUGACAUCUAUGCUUGGCUCUCUCCGUUACAUGUCCACCAAGAUUUUUGUUGGUGGUCUCUCUUGGGGAACUGAUGACCAAUCCUUGAAAGAAGCUUUCUCUAACUUUGGUGAAGUCACAGAAGCAUCGGUGAUUUCAGACAGGGAGACAGGGAGGUCAAGGGGUUUUGGAUUUGUCAGCUUCAACAGUGAGGAUUCUGCAACCAAUGCAAUUUCGGAAAUGGAUGGCAAGGAGCUGAAUGGUAGGAACAUCCGUGUGAACCUUGCAGCCGAAAGAUCAAGUGCACCAAGAUCAUCAUACGGUGGUGGUGGUGGUGGUGGUGGAGGUUACGGUGGUGGAGCUAGCGGUGGCUACUAA